AGGCGUUACGUCAGCGGCAAACGUCUCUUCAGACCGACUCAACGUUCAGAGGUGACCGGUGAGCGGGAGGCUUUCUAAGCGGAAAAUAAGGCGAGAAGAGGGAAACCGAGGUGCGGACAUUCAAGUGUGAAGAUGCAGCUCAAAUCUUCUCUACUGUGCCUUCUUUUGUUUCACUUUCCUUUCCUAUUGGCCAAAAGAGGUGGAAGCUUUGGGAAGAGCCUUGGUGGAAGAAAGGGGUCCACACCCAGCCGAAGUGCCACUAACAGCAACAUGUGGCACAAAAGCAAUCAGGGCUCCAAUCCUCAGGGUGGACAUCCCAAACAAAGCAACCAGGGAGGAUACCCAGGUGGUUACCCCAGGCAGCAGGGUGGAGGCUACUACAAUCCGUACCCAGGGAUGGGGUCACCAUAUAGCAACAAAGGGUACCCAGGUGGAUACAUCAAUGCCAACCCAAAUAACAAAAUUUUAAGCCCUCGCUAUGGUGGCAGCUUUGGCUACGGAGGGUAUGGCUCCAGGGGUGGUUCUCCAUUUUCCCAGUCAGUCCAGGGAAUGGGUUUAUUACCUAACAGUAAAUCCAGAGGGUUUGGUCGCUCAGCAAUGAUAGCAGCAGGUGGGGGGGCUGUGGCGGGGAUGGCCCUGGGUUAUGGACUGGGAAGGUUCCCCCGGCCAGAUUUUCAUUUUCGCAACGCCCAACAAGAGUACUACUACAACCACUACAUGUACAGGAAAUAUGGUACCCGAUCAACUGACACCAACGACUACAGCAGAGACUAUAGCUUCAAAACUCCCUCAGGAAGCUACGACAACUUCAUGGAUGACUGCAUGAAGAGAAUUGACCUGUCUGCAGAGAGUCAAAAGCCACCAAGUAAACCAACCAGCAGGACCUCAAAUGGGGCGUCCAACCCUUUAACCAACAACACGACAAAUGCCACCACAUCUUCAAGUCCAUCGCCACAGGAAUCCAGCAGUGCUGAAGACGACGAUACAGUCAGCAUAGUAGAGAUUGGCUAUCCGGCACUGAUCGAGCAGCUGAAGGUCAGGAAGUGCUUGGAGCGUUACAUGGUUAAGUCUGAUCAAUACUUAGUGAGACAGAAUGGAGGAGCUCAGGCGCUGACGCUGGGCCUGCCGGGGGUUUUAUCUGCAGCCUUUGCUACAACAUUGAUCAUAAUUAAUAGCAACAUGAUAAUGUUCCUGCACUGACACCGUUUGCAGGGUUAAUCAGUUGAGAUUUUGCCAUCCUCUCUACCUGGAGAAAUAUUAAGACAUGGAAGAAGAUAAAAGCUUCUUUUACAUUGCAAAAACAGCCUUACCAAGUAUUUUUGUUUAGUAUGGGAAAAAAUGUGUUACCAUGUUUAUCUGCUAGUUGAACUAGUCCUUCUUUUAAAAUCUGUAUUAAGAAAUAUUGACUUAAAGCCAGCUCCUGUGUCUUGCUGAAGAGUUACCCGUAAGUAAACGUAGUCUUAUUUCAAAAGUUUUAUAUUUGCACUAGAAACCAUACAAAAUACUUGGUAAAAUGUUGUGCUUUUGCAGUGAUACAGGCUUUCGUCACUUUUUAACCGACAAGGCAAAAAACACCAUGAGAUUCAAAUGGUAUGAUAAUGUUACCAAUCUAUAGAUAUUUAUUGGUACUUCUUAUAUAUAGUAAUAAUCUUUCUGCUGUGUCUUUAUGGAGUAACAAGCCUAACUAGGUGAUAUUAGCUGAUCAAUUACUCAGGCUAUCUGCUCAUGUAGUCGCUCUGCAGAAUGUCACUCAGAACUUGAUGACUGAUGAUCCUUUUGUUUCCUUGCUAUGACUGCCCAGAGUUUCCUGACCAAACUGCCAGACCUGUCUUUCUUGUGAAUAAGAGUGUUUUCACACAUUAUGUCCAGGAGACUCGGUUCGAUUGGUGACCAAAAUUGCAACAUUUGUUACACUUUCAUUUGUUGCAUGUGUCAAAGAAAUUAAACCGUUUGUUGCCGCCUCGUCUGUGGUGGUGCUGCACCAAGAACCACUGAAGGAGACAACAUGAAAAACCUCAGAAGGAGACAUGAGUGCAACUUCCUUCUUUACAAAACGAAAACAAAAUGGAGUCAAAUUUGAGCCGUUAUAGGGUUUCUCUUUUGUCUUUUGUAAAAGUCCACUAGCUAUUUCUCCCACUAGUGCUACAGUUGUGCAUUUGUUUAGAUUGUAUUUACCCAGAAUGCCCUGCGCUGUAAUUUACUUCCUGUUUUUGGAGCCGUCUCCAGUCUGCUUGGUGUUCACAUAUGCAUGUGAAACGCGCUAGAGUUCACAUCAACUGAACCAAGGCCGAGGUUUGUAGGCGGACCAGAGUUGGAUUUUUUUCUUCCACCUUAGAGUUUGAUAGCUCGUUCACACCAACUCAAACAAACCGACUUCCUAGUAAAACUAGAGUUUGAUUAAAGCGUCACUCUGGGAAAAAGCUUGCUAUAUUUAACCAACGGACAAAUUUGUAUCAUUCUUGACAUGAAUUUAUGGACCAAACACAAUCAGUCCAGGACCAUAAUUGGCCCCUGAGCCACACUUUGGAUACCUGUGGGUUAGAGUUUUCUGAAUCUUCCCAACGUGGGAACCUGCUGCUGGCUAUAAAAGAUGAAGAUGAUUAUGAAGUAAUUGUGGGAAGUUUUAGUUUUAAGAGAAAAAGCCAUAGUGAAUUAUGGCUCAAAGAAGAAUUCAAAUAUAAAACAGCUUUUUAAACAAUAUAUUCUUUAACAACUUUUUAAUUUGGUUUUAACCAUUUUCUGUAAAUCUCAUUUAUUAUUUAUACAAAAGUUGCUUCAUUUUGGGACCAAGGCUGAAAUUGUUACAAAUGUCUUGCACCAGUAAUAUACCCAUGUUGCCUUUCUCUUUGUAUAAUAAAAACAAUUUGUACUUUGUUUUUUAUUUUUGUUAAUCUAAACUGAUACAGGGCAAAAAUCACCAUUUCAGUUUAGUAUUUUGAGUGUUUUUAAACGUAGUUGCGUCUGCCUCUGACUUUCAGGGCUUUUUAUAUCAGGUUUUCCUCCAGAUCAUGACAGAAAUGUCUUUAUCAAGGAGAAUUAAUUUUAAUACUUUUCUGAUCAUCACCUGUUUAUAUCUUGUAGUGUCCAACAUGGCAACAUUAAUCUGUGUUUGGUGGUUUAUUGGGCUUUUUCAUUUAAGUCUGAAUAUUUUUGUGUUUUUUUAAUCAGUUCUGAAACUGAACUGAUUAAUACAGUUUCCUGUAAUAGGAAACUGUAUUUCCUGUUACAGUUUAUUCAGUAACACGAAAUACACAUUCAUAUUGGUUAGUUUUCUGUUUUUUUACAGAACUUAUUGGAAAAAACAAAAUCCAAUGAAACUUUAAUAUAAGAAUGUACCCUCAGCUCACUGUUUUGAAUGUGAAUGUGUCUUCAUUAAUGACCAAAUGUGUUUGUUUUGUGCAAAGUGUCAGAAAUGUAAACAUUUUAUGUCUGCUCAUUUUAAACGGUUGGUAAAUGUAUUUGUUGUCAAUGCUAUGAUAAAAACAACACAGAUAAAGCCAUGAUUUAGCUUCAAAAGAGGUAAAUUCAGACUUUUUUUAACACAUCAGUCCAUAUUGUGGUGUUCCAAACACAGAAAAGAAUGAACCUCUAGAUUAAAGAUUUACACACUUUUGGUAUGAUUAUGCUCCUAUGUGUUGGAGGCUGUUUGGUUGUAAAUGUGAGGAUAAAAGUAAUAUAACAAAUUGCCAUUGGUGGCGCUGUUGCGGUUACAAGAGCUGGACCUGUAAAGAACAAGAUGAAGUUCCUGUUCCUGAAUAAACGUUGCCAUGUCCUAUCUCCAGUUAUCUGCUUGAAUAUUAUUUUAUUUGACCUAGUGUAUCAUACACAACACAUAUCGUGAGGGCGCUGUCAUACAGGAACAUUUAAUGUAAACAUUUUCUUUCUACGCUGAUAAAUGUCCUGCUGUUGUUUGUCUUGUCUAAUAAACUUAACUUUUAGUGAUUCCCUGA